AUGUCCAGCCAGACCCGGAUUAACGAACUCCAAGCAUCGCGCUUCCCACCAGAACAUCUUCGAACGCCCGGCCCGCCAUUGCCCACGCAAAGAACCCUCUUCGGCGAGAACCCUACGCCACCAACCGUCCAUGAUCGGCACAGCUGGGCCAUCUUGCGCAAACACCAUCUCCUACUCCUUGGAAAACGCCGAAUGGAACGGCCACGAUGCUUCGAGAGGCACAGAACACCCCUUCACCGACAGGAUCGGCCACGCUCCGGUCCACCACCCGGGAAAGCUGAAGAUACCCCCUACGAAGGAAACACCGAUCCAAGACAGUAUCUGACGGCUUUCUGCAUCGCGAUGGGCCGAACCCAUUUUUCCGAAGAGGAAAGAGACGCUGGUUUCUGCCAACUCUUCGUCGAGAAUCUCUCGGGAUCGGCCUUAACUUGGUUCUCGAGGUUAGAAAGCCGAUCGAUCGACAGCUAUCACCAACUCACCACCGCUUUCUUGAAGCAGUACUCUAUGUACAUCCGAAGAGGAGUCUCCUGUGCCGACCUGUGGGCACUCAGCCAAGGGCCAAAGGACUCCCUGCGAAAAUUCAUCGACAAGUUCAAAGGCGUAGCCUCGCGCCUCACGGCAACCGUCACCAAAGCCUCCCGGCGCUGA